AGUGCUGUCUCGUCGGCGAUUGAAGCAGGACGCGCAGGAUUCUUCCGCUGCCCAGAAUUCCCACCAGUGAUAUUGUUGUUGUGAAAAGCUACACAGCUGCAGGUGAUUUUAUAAGUUUUUCAUUUAAGAAUCCGAUUUAAGACACUUGGAAGAGUGAGUGCGAAGCAGUACGAGGUGUGUUUCCAAGAUAAGUGCGUUCCGUUUGGUUAAGUCGAGUGUGUUCAUAGCCAACGUGUUUGCGGAGAAGUGCUGUUCAAAUUUGUCCACUGCAUUAACACGGUUGUUGUCCUGCGCUUGAGGACACCGAAUCAAUUAAUAGCAAAGUAAACGAUGAAGAAAUCAACGCUCGACACCAUCUCGAUCCUGCUGGCGGAGCUUGUGGGAACAGGCCUUCUAGUAUUGCUAGGAUGCAUGGGUUGCGUCGGCGUCCUUGGUCAUGUACCUUCUCACUUCGAGCUAUGCAUCAACUUCGGUCUGGUGGUCAUGAUUCUAGUCCAGGUGUUCGGUUGCGUUUCCGGUUGUCACAUCAAUCCCGCCGUGACGGCCGCGGCCUGGGUCUAUGAAAUGGUGUCUACUAAGAUGGCUCUCGGAUACGUUGCGGCCCAGUGCAUCGGAGCCUUCAUGGGCUUCGGAAUGCUCAAGAUGCUCACCCCGGCGGUAGCUUUCAUGGAUGCUCUGGAGAAGGGCGCCGGAUUCUGUGUGACCACGCCCAACGCUGGAAUCACGACAGCGCAAGCCGUAGGAAUCGAAUUCCUCGCCACCGGUGUCCUCGUUCUGGUGUGCUGUGGAGUGUGGGAUCCUCGCAACUCCAAACUGCACGAUUCGGUCCCACUCAAGUUCGGUUUCACCAUCGGAUGCUUGGCUGUUGCUGCUGGACCAUACACCGGAGCCAGUAUGAACCCGGCUCGAUCCCUCGGACCGGUCCUGUGGAACGGCGACUGGACGGCUCACUGGGUCUACUGGGUUGGACCACUGACGGCGGCUUUCAGCAUUGCCUUCCUGUACAAGACGGUGUUCAGGCGCGAGGUUCCCGAGCCGGAGUACAACCGUGAACUGACCGCUCUCAAUACUGAGAAAUAGAAGAAUGCUCAUAGAUACCCCCGUUCCCCCAACGCGGGAUAACCGAAAUCUACUCUUCAUCAACAGUGCCACUGAAACCGAGAAUGCCAAAAUGAUAGAUGUGAAUGUUUUGAAAUUGCCCAGUUGUAGCUUCAGAGAAACUUUUUGGAAAACUUAGAUUGUAAUGAUUUAGAUAUUAAGGAUAGAGAAGACGUAUGCUGUAUGUUGUGUUUAAUAGAGAGUUUAG